CAGCCUUCAUUCCCCUUCGAGCCGGUCGAUGCUAGCCCAUCCUCGCUAGUACUCCGCCCUAGACCUUUACCAAGCUCUUUGCCUUUACGCGCGCCUCCCACGACGAGAUGAAGAAGCGAUCGAGCUCGAUGCAGACAACGGCGCCCGGCGCCUUCUUUGGCAAGAAGUCGCCGCCCAAGAAGGCCGACGAAGAGGCGCUGCGGCGUGGCUCGAGCGCCAUGGACACCGACUACCUUGCGUUCCAGACGCCGCAGCUGCCCAAGACUCUGGAGGGCUUUCCCGACCUCUGCAGCGCGAUCGCUGUCGGCGAUGUGGACGAAGUCCGCGCGAUGCUACAAAACGCCAAGCAGGACGCCAACGUCGCGACGCCGGACGGCGACCUCCCGCUGCAUGUGGCAUGCAUGCACAGCCACACACACAUUGUGACGCUGCUCAUCCAAGCCGGCGCCCACAUCCACUCCAUGGACAAGUAUGGGGACACGCCGCUGCACUUGGCCUGCCGCCACGCCAACGUCCGCAUCGUGCAACUGCUCCUGAACGAACUCGCGUCGACGGCCAUUGUCAACCGCCGAGGCUGGACGGCGCUGGAAGAAGCUGAAGAACGCGCGCGCCACGACGACGUCGGCAGCUCCAUUUACCAUCUCGUGCUCGAAGCCAGCAUUCCAAAAUCUGCGUCGUCGAAAGAAGCUGCUGAGCCCAAGCGGACGCGCAGUCGGACCUACUCAGUGUCGCUCGAGAAGGAUCCGUCGUUUGUACAGAGUGUCAUUUCGUGGUUCAAGAAGCUCUAAGUGUCGAGACAAGCACCCAGAGGCGCAUGCGACCGUAGCUUGUUGCCCUGUAAUUAUAACGCGUUCUGUGUCCAACCAUAUUCUGC